AUGGGUGCCAAGGAGUUGAUGUUCGUCAUAUUGUUUGUUAAUAUCUUCUGUUUCAGCUCGAGUUUGUUUGAGGAAGGGAGAGCAUCGAUGUUGUUCAAGAAUGGCCUUGGCAAACAAUCACACAAGUCCCUAGCUUCAUGGAACGAAUCUUCCCAGGUUCCCUGCAAAUGGACUGGAAUCACAUGUGAUAAGUUUCAACAGGUGGCUGCCAUUGAUUUAGCUUCGCUGAAUCUGGAAGGCUCCCUGAAUUCCUCCUUUUCCUCUCUUCAUAGCCUGAAAAGAAAUCAUCUCAGUCACAACAAGCUGACUGGAAGCAUUACACCACGUUUCCUCAAUUUAAAAAACCUUGAGGAACUUGUCCUCGAGGAUAAUUAUCUGUCUGGUAGGAUUCCGCUGGAGCUCGGACAAAUGCAGAGCCUUAGGUUUCUGAGCCUGGGAAAUAAUAAUCUUCAAGGAGAAAUCCCGCCAGAGCUGGGAAAGCUUACCAAAUUGCACUCUUUGUCGCUCUGUAGCAAUAAUCUGUCUGGUCAUUUACCGCCUGGAAUUGGCAAUUGUAGUAACCUCACUGUUCUGUAUUUGGAUUCGAUUUAUCUCGAAUUGAUUCCUUCCGAAAUUGGCAUCUUGCAGUCGCUCAAAGUUCUGCGGCUUUAUUUGAACUCCUUCAGUGGCGAAUUCCCUUUGUUUAUUGCUAAAUGCAGAAAUCUAGAGGCCUUGGACCUCAGCCAGAAUUUUCUGGUGGGGUGUAUUCCUUUACAGCUCACAGGGAUGAAGAAUCUGGCGUUACUCAAUCUCACAGUGAAUUUCCUCAGUGGCGGCAUACCAGCAGAAAUCGGGAAUCUUACAAAGCUACAAAACAGGUGUUUUGUCUGGGGCAAAUAA